GCAUUUGCCUGUCUUUCUCUGUUACUUAUAUUUCACCACCAAUCAUCUAGGACAGAAAAAAUAAUCUUAAAUUCUUUAUUCUGAAAGAUUUACAAGAUAAUUUAAUUCCCAACAAUAAAACAACUUUAAUUUUCCUCCAUAUUGAUAAUUCCAUUUGCACAAUCAUAUUAUAGACACAAGACCUGAUCAAAGUCGUUGAAGAUAAUUGGUAAGCUUGAGCGGAGCUAAUCUGCAGCAAUUUUACAUUCUAGCAACUUUGGAGUAAUGUUUUUGGUAUAUUGGUUCUAAAUUAUUUCAGAACCAACAUUCUGGUAAUAAACUCCUCUGACUAUAAUCUAAGUUGGUCUCAUACAGAUUGUUUUCAGUACAUAUGGCCAAUCCUGAUGGAGAUAAUGAACCUGAAUGGAUAAAGAGGGUGAAAUCAGAAGGUGCCGUUCCCCUUCUGGACCCAGAUAAUUGCUCAAAUGGUUGGGCUUCUCCACCAGGGAAUAGUUUCAUGGUAAGAGGUCCAGAAUACUUUUCAACAAAGGUUAAAGUUCCCGGUGGUGAAUUUCUUCUGAAACCUCUUGGUUUUGACUGGAUUAAAGGUCCUAAAAAGAUUUCUGAUCUUCUGAAUAAUCCAAAACACCGGAUCAGGAGGGCUCUUCAGGAUGAAACUCCAACUGGUUGCAAGCCCUUUAUUUGGGCUUUCAACUUGCAAGUUCCUAGUAAGGAAAACUUCAGUGCUGUUGCAUAUUUUGUGGGUCUGGAACCCGUCCCUGAAGGGUCUUUGAUGGAGCAGUUCUUGAAAGGAGAUGAUGCAUUUAGAAAUAAAAGGCUAAAAUUAAUCGCAAAUAUUGUUAAAGGACCUUGGAUUGUAAGAACUGCAGUUGGAGAGCAAGCUAUAUGUGUAAUUGGCCGUGCACUGACUUGCAAAUACUGUAUUGCAGACGACUUCCUAGAAGUAGAUAUUGAUAUAGGAUCUUCGGUGAUAGCAAAUGCAAUUGUUCAUCUCGCGUAUAAUUAUAUAUCAACUCUUACUGUUGAUUUAGCUUUCCUAAUUGAGAGUCAAACUGAAUCAGAACUUCCAGAACGGAUUUUAGGAGCGGUACGAUUUUCAGAACUGAAGACCACUUCAGCAACGCUAGUUGAAAUGCCAUCUGAUGAGAACAACGGAGAGUUGCUGCCUUCUUUCCCGUCAAGGUUAUGGAAGUCAUUUGGGCACAGUUUCUCCAGCACCAGUUCCAGCCCUUCACAUGUAAAGGGAGAUGUUGAUAAUGGGUCGUCUGAAGAAGAUACCAAAGGAUGAUCUCCACACUGUAAAUACGAUGUAUUUCCUGAAAGGUUCUACGACUUCAGGCACAAGGAAUUCUAAUAUUGGUCUCUCAUAUUAUUGCAUGUGAUGGCUACAUUCGCCACUAUUUGUAUUUUGUAGCUGUAGAAAUCAAACAUUCGCUACUAUUUGUAUUUUGUAGCUGUAGAAAUCAAGUACUACAAAUAUACGUAUACAUCUCUGGGGGCGAUUUAGCGACGUGGAACUGCAGUAGCAUUCUUCACUUGUAUUAGCCUCUGCCAUGUUCUCAUUUCUUUCUGAAAAAACACUUCUCCCAGUUGCUCAUUCA